AUGUGUUUGCUUGCAUUAUACGUGAAAUGCUGGGGCGAAACAACGGUCAAAUGUUCUUGUUACCGUAGCCAGGGUUCACAGUAUCUUUUCUCGUUCUUUUUCUGCUUCGCCACUGCCGCCAUUCCGCUUACGGUAGCAGGUGGCAAUGUUUUUGUUGUCCUCAAGCUUGCUAUAACGAUGGAACUCAUGUACUAUGAAUCGCUCGUUUGGCGUGUGUCAUUGACACGUUAUUGCAGCGCGUGA